AUGUCUGGUCGUGGUAAAGGCGGGAAGGGCUUAGGGAAAGGUGGUGCUAAGCGACACCGUAAGGUGCUGCGUGACAGCAUCCAGGGCAUCACCAAACCCGCAAUCCGGCGUCUGGCCCGGCGCGGAGGUGUCAAGCGCAUUUCUGGUCUCAUCUGUGAGGAGACUCGGGGCGUGCUUAAGGUUUCUCUGGAGAACGUUAUUAGAGACGCUGUCACCUACACAGAGCACGCUAAGCGCAAGACUGUUACGGCUAUGGAUGUGGUUUAUGCGCUAAAACGCCAGGGGCGCACCUUUUAG